GAUGUCGGUCCACCAUUACACUCGGCGUUCCUGCACGGUGGGAAACGGCGAUUUAACACAAUGAAAACCUCUCGUUUGAGUGCCUGACGGAGAAAUUUAAAUCGGAAUGCAGUCAGCCACAGCGGACCAGACUUUUGUUGACUCCACGGGUUCGGUGGUGCAGGUGUGCUUCCCCAGAGCGCAGACCUCAGUUCUGGAUAGCCUGAAUCGUCAGCGCGAAGAAGGCCAUCUCUGCGACCUCUCCAUCCAUGUUCAGGGCCAGGUGUUCAAGGCACACCGAUGUGUGCUGGCUGCUUCAUCCCCUUACUUCCAUGAUCAGGUGCUGCUGAAGAACAUGUCCACUGUCUCCAUCCCGGCCGUCAUGGACCCUCUGGCCUUCGAGAGUGUCCUCAGCUGUGCAUACACCGGCCAGCUGCGAAUGCUUCGCGAAGACAUCGUUAACUACCUCACUGUUGGCAGUGUGCUUCAAAUGUGGCACAUUGUGGACAAAUGCACUGAGCUUCUCAAAGAGGGGAAGGGAGGUUCCAGUGGGCCUCAGGGAUCCGGAGAGAAGGAGAACAUAGGACAGGGCAGCGGCACCAACAAGGUGGCACAAGCAGACGGAGGAGAAGCACCUUCUACACCUCAACCUCCCAGCCGCCCCUCCUUCAGUGAGAGCCAGUCCCCAAGCAGCACCAAUUACUUCAGUCCUAGAGACGCAAACUUUGGCGGAGCCAUGGUGUCCACCAUAGCAGUAGGAGAGGGUGCAGUACACUCCACCCCGUCCUACUGCAUGCCCUCCGGUGGAGAAGAAGGUUUCAUGAUCGAAGAUGAAGAAGAUGAUGACGAUGAGUUGUUGUUUUCCAGGAAAAGAGAUAGAGGAGGUAAGCAAAAGAGCACCUCCUCUGUGUCCGAUCAAGAGGUUGGGGUGAGUGACAGCUUUGGUGUCUCGUCGUAUCAAGACGGAGAUUCCUCACCACCCCAGAAGCACCCAUCGUACAUUCAGCCAAGCAUUAUGCCCAGAAAACAGUGGGUGGUGGUGAAGACGGAGCACUCGAGAGAUGAUGACCUGAUCGUGGUGUCAGGAGGAGAGGAAGGAGGCGACGAUGAAGAGGAACGAGAGAUGGCCAUAGUCAGGGAGAGGGACAGGACAUUUAACAUAUCCAAUGUUAGGACCCUUUCUGGACUUAGAGAAGAUGCUGAAAUGGAUGCACAGGUUGACUAUUGUCAGUCCUCGGAAGACUACCUCAAAUUUGAGAGGGGUAUAAUUGACCAAACAUCCUCUCAACACCCUCCUGAGAACUCCAGUCAGUGCCCCAACAGGGCCAUGUCUGGCAUGCUCGGCUCGGUUCAGUCAACGUCUGCCAGAGCUCAACUCUUCCCUCUGGAUAUGCAAGGAAACCAGAUUCUUCUGUACAAUCAAGCUGCCCUGGAGUCUACGUCUCCAUUAGGCCUCACAGGCGGAAUGUCCGGGGUGUCUCUCAAAGGAAGUCUUGAACACGGAGCGGUCCACUUGCCUAGCCAAGGGGCUUUGGGUAGUGGUAUGGAAGGCUUAGACGCCGGCUCUGCUGGCAGUUCAGGCAAGGUCUUCAUGUGUCAUUGUGGGAAGACGUUCACUCACAAGAGCAUGCGUGACCGCCACAUCAACAUGCACCUGAACCUGCGGCCCUUCCACUGCCCUGUUUGUGCCAAGAAGUUCAAGAUGAAGCAUCACCUCACAGAGCACAUGAAGACCCACACCGGUCUGAAGCCCUAUGACUGCCAUGGCUGUGGGAAGAAGUUCAUGUGGCGCGACAGCUUCAUGAGGCAUCGCUCGCACUGCGAGAGACGCGGCAGGUCGGAGAGAGCAUCUGAGAGGUCAGUCAUCUCUCCGCCACAUCACCUGAAGCUUCCCUCAGCUAGUGAGCCCAAUCAAGGUGGUGCCGGCGCUAGAAGUGGGCUUCCCAUUUUGUCUCCGCAACAUUCCAUCAGCAGCAACGGCGUCUCCUGUCUUAGCAUGGCUGCAUCGGGGUCUCUUUUAGGAAUGAGCUCUCAGAGUGGGUCGCACAGCCUUGGUUCUGGCAUUCUGGGCAUCGGUGGCAAUCGUAGUGGGUGUGUUGAAGACGUCUGUGAGGAAAACGUUGACGAGAGCAGCGUCACAUAA